UCCCAUCAUGGGGGUGGACACUCAGUACAGCUGAUGCAUUUCGAAGGUCAUGCCUUCUUCCUCAGAAAGCAUGACUCCGAAACGCGUCAGCUGUACUGAGUGUCCACCCCCAUGAUGGGAUUCGCGCUGGCCUCUUGCCUUUGAAGUCCCUGGGAGGACUUACAUGCCUGUUUUUAUUCGCUGUUUGUGAGUACCAUUCUUUUACUAAAUAAAUUUGGUUACUGAGGUAAUGCGCAAGGUUGGUGCGCUUCUUCUUGUUUUACUUCACAGUUCUGUUCGGGCUUCCCCAGCCUUGGUUUGGAGCUGCACGACCUUGUAUGCCCCGGUGGUUGUUUUGUUGGGAUUUGAUAUACUCACCACCGGCCUGGGUCCCGGAGCGCAGGAGAAAUUGCAUUUAAUCUACAGUGGGUGUCAAUGCAAUGCUAACGACAGCCCA